AGGGAAAGCGAGCGGCGCCUGCGCCCCGGCGGUGGGCGGGCCCCGUCGUGGGCGGGGAUUGGGGCGGAGCCUGACCGUUACGCGCAGCCCCGCCCCCGCGGCCUCGUCGCUCCUGCUGAGGCGGUAGCCGCUUUUCGUCGGCUCUUACCGGUUGGCUGGGCCCACUGCGCCGCGGCUCACAGCUGACGAUGGGGGACCCCAGCAAGCAGGACAUCUUGACCAUCUUCAAGCGCCUCCGCUCGGUGCCCACUAACAAGGUGUGUUUUGAUUGUGGUGCCAAAAAUCCCAGCUGGGCAAGCAUAACCUAUGGAGUGUUCCUUUGCAUUGAUUGCUCAGGGUCCCACCGGUCACUUGGUGUUCACUUGAGUUUUAUUCGAUCUACAGAGUUGGAUUCCAACUGGUCAUGGUUUCAGUUGCGAUGCAUGCAAGUCGGAGGAAACGCUAGUGCAUCUUCCUUUUUUCAUCAACAUGGGUGUUCCACCAAUGACACCAAUGCCAAGUACAACAGUCGUGCUGCUCAGCUCUAUAGGGAGAAAAUCAAAUCGCUCGCCUCUCAAGCAACACGGAAGCAUGGCACUGAUCUGUGGCUUGAUAGUUGUGUGGUUCCACCUUUGUCCCCUCCACCAAAGGAGGAAGAUUUUUUUGCCUCUCACGUUUCUGCUGAGGUGAGUGACACAGCGUGGGCAUCAGCAAUAGCAGAACCAUCUUCUUUAACAUCAAGGCCUGUGGAAACCACUUUGGAAAAUAAUGAAGGUGGACAAGAGCAAGGACCAAGUGUGGAAGGUCUUAAUGUACCAACAAAGGCUACUUUAGAGGUAUCCUCUAUCAUAAAAAAGAAACCAAAUCAAGCUAAAAAAGGCCUUGGGGCCAAAAAAGGAAGUUUGGGAGCUCAGAAACUGGCAAACACAUGCUUUAAUGAAAUUGAAAAACAAGCUCAAGCUGCGGAUAAAAUGAAGGAGCAGGAAGACCUGGCCAAGGCGGUACCUAAAGAAGAAUCAAUUGUUUCAUCAUUACGAUUAGCCUAUAAGGAUCUUGAAAUUCAAAUGAAGAAAGACGAAAAGAUGAACAUUAGUGGCAAAAAAAAUGUUGACUCAGACAGACUCGGCAUGGGAUUUGGAAAUUGCAGAAGUGGUAUUUCACAUUCAGUGACUUCAGAUAUGCAGACCAUAGAGCAGGAAUCACCCAUCAUGGCAAAACCAAGAAAAAAGUAUAAUGAUGACAGUGACGAUUCAUAUUUUACUUCCAGCUCAAGGUACUUUGACGAGCCAGUGGAGUUAAGGAGCAGUUCUUUCUCUAGCUGGGAUGACAGUUCAGAUUCCUAUUGGAAAAAAGAGACCAGCAAAGAUACUGAAACAGUUCUGAAAACUACAGGCUAUUCAGACAGACCUACUGCUCGCCGCAAGCCAGAUUAUGAGCCAGUUGAAAAUACAGAUGAGGCCCAGAAGAAGUUUGGCAAUGUCAAGGCCAUUUCAUCAGAUAUGUAUUUUGGAAGACAAGCCCAGGCUGAUUAUGAGACCAGGGCCCGCCUAGAGAGGCUGUCGGCAAGUUCCUCCAUAAGCUCAGCUGAUCUGUUCGAGGAGCAGAGGAAGCAGCCAGCAGGGAACUACAGCCUGUCCAGCGUGCUGCCCAACGCCCCCGACAUGGCGCAGUUCAAGCAGGGAGUGAGGUCGGUUGCUGGAAAACUCUCCAUCUUUGCUAAUGGAGUCGUGACUUCAAUUCAGAUUGGAACAGAGAAGUAUUAAGAAGAAAACUGAAAUUAUCUGUAAUGCCACAUGACAGGGAUAACCUGUGUUAAUAUUUUGGUAUAUUUUUAGCUGUAGAUUUCUAAGGAUAUUUUUCUAUACGUAGAUUAAAAAGAUAUACAUAUCUAUCUUUUUAAAGUUAAAAAGGGAUUAUAUUGUAUAGAGGGUUUUAUAUCUUGCUUUUUCUCUGUGAUGCUAGGAGCAUUUCCUUGUAAUGAAAAGUUUUCCUAAAACCACAUUCUAUUGAGUGAAAACAUAAGCCAAGGAUGGCGCAUACUUGCGCAUGAGAGUCGAGGCCAUCUCUGACGAUAUGAGUGGCUCGUUUCUUUGCACCUUCUUGUUUACGUCAGGCUAUUGAAGAAGGAUUGUAUUAAUGUAAAACGCUGCUAAAGGAAGUAGGACUGAAACCGUGUGGACUCUGGUGCCUCCAAAGGAGAUUCCUGGUCCCCAGGCAGAUGCUGCUCUAGCUGCAGUUCAAGGAGGGCGUGGAGGUGCCUCCCAUUCCGGAGAGUUCCCUCAGCCCCAGGACUCUGGAUGUAGCCGUUUUCAUGCUGUGAAUAGCACAGUCUUCCCUUUCAUGUGGCACUGAAGUUAAAAUGCAUAGAGCUCUUUCAUGUCCCUUAGGUCAGCUAAGCCCACAUCAGUGUCCAAAUAGGUAACAUCCCUAUUUUAUAGAUGGUCAUCCCCAUUUUAGAGAUGGCUCCCUUUUAUAUCCCCAUUUUACAGGUGAAGGAAUUGAGGCACAGAAGGUUAGGUCACUUCUGCAAGAUGACCAGCUGAACCAAAAUUUCAGGGCUUCAAACAACAAAUGUGUUCCUUUGUCUUCCGUUUCCCACUUGCUUCCCAGAGGGCUCAGCAAGUAGCCUCUUGCCCACUGAGCAUCCUCCCGCCCACUUUGCUUCCUGCCUCCUGAUCCCAGGACUGUGGCCGUGGAUGCCAGAGGCAGGAUGUGAAUCCUGUUGGGUUCUGAAGCCCACACCUACCCUCAGCCUUGAAGCUGCAGCAAUGGCUGCUUCCAGAUGAGCACACCCUCGGGGUGCAGUGUCCAUGUCACAUGCCUGACACGGGCUGCAGUGUCAAUUUUGGUGAUGCUGAAUAUUCAGGGCGCGGGAGUCAGGGAUCGCUGCUGAAUGGUCGUGAACUUCCAUUUUGGUUCUCUCUUCAGGAUCGCUACGGUUCUUAAUACUGAAGUCAUGAUGUGUAUUUCCUGGAGAAAUUCCUCUUUAAAUGAACAAGUAACCACAUCUCAGGCGGCAGUGAAGUCCAGAUAGUUUUGCAGAUUGUUUUGCUACUUUUUCAUAUGGUAUAUGUUUCUGAUUUUUAAUAUUUCUUUUGAGAAAUUCUGAGUUCUGAUGUAGGAGCUUUCCUGUGAUUUCUGUUUCGCGUUCCUUCCUGUCACACCCUCCUUUUGGCGUCUCUGUGUAUAUCCUUGCUUUAUUUUCUUGGAACCUUUGGUUUCAACACUGAGGGCCUGGAGACCUCGGCUCCUCCUGCUCCUGAACCAGGAGGCUUCAUGUGGGGGAAGAGGAGAGGUCUCCAUGUGACACAUGGGCUCAGGGCUGCCAGAAUCAGCGGAUGCUGGAUGGGCCUGCAGAAACAACACUCACCACACACACUUCCUUCAAAAGACCAAAAGUGACUGGUGUCUCAUGUGGCAGAUUGCUUCGUUUAUGUUUCUACAUAGUAAGGUGACUGCCAAAUAAUAUUUGAAGUCAUCUAUCUCUUUGUAAAUUAUUUUAUAUGACCUAUAAAUUUAAAAAUGUUUUUCAGUGAGUGCUUUUAACAAACUUAAGCUUCUGCCCUGCCAAGGGAAUUAAUGUUAUCUUGUGAAAGGUGUUGCUGUUUGAAUUGAUGAGAAAUGGAAGAUGAGAACUCCCUAAGAGUUCUCAUAAUAAAUCAUCUCAUCACAAAUCAAUACGGUAUACAGAGUUAAAGUGGAAUGAGGUAAGAAGAUACAGCUACAGAAAAUAGUUGCGUGUAUGGGAGAACAGUCAUUGUAAUUGGGUAGUUUUGUUAAUAUUUUUAAAUCUUGCUUUUCAGAAAUUACCGAAUGUGUAUAAACGAAUAAAGAAAAAUAAUUUAGCUGUGUUUUAGACAGCAUUAGAAUAUAUUGUUCAGCACAGUAAAAUAUAUUUGAAAUUUGAUAAGCCAAAAAUGUGGUUUUGAAUGAAUAUUUUGUGAAUCUUUCUUAAAAGCUCAAAUUUGUAGACUUCUAAAUAGAAUAAACACUUGCAGCAGA